AUGAAACUUGGAAUUAUUCAUCUGCUUAUAGGAAAAAAUAACGAGUUAAUAAGUUUAAUUUCAGUUUUACAAAUGUCUGAGACUAGCAAAUCAGAUAAUAUUGAUCUUGAGAACUGGAUGAGAGAUCUUCCUGAACAGUUAAGAAAUGUCCCUAUAAUAUAUCUUGCAAUUCCAGGAAGUCAUGAUUCAAUGACAUACGGCAUAACUAGAUCAAGUGGUCUAGCCCCUGAUGCAGAGCCCAUACUAAAGAGAUUGUACCCUUUAUUUGAAGGUACAAUAUUAAGAUGGACAAUUACACAGGCGGUAGAUUCUUAUCAACAAUUACUCCUAGGCAUAAGAUAUUUCGACUUAAGGCUUGCAACAAAGACAGGGUCAGAAAACUUCUUCUUUUGUCAUGGUGUUUAUGCGGGUGAAAUAUCACAGCCAUUGAAUCAAAUAAAGGAAUACAUAAACAAACAUCCAUAUGAGGUGGUCAUACUAGAUUUCCAGCACUUCUAUGCAUUCACACCAGAUGAUCAUCGGAGGCUUAUGAGAUAUGUUCUGAACAUGUUUGGACCACAACUAGUGCCGCGGCAAGCCGACUUGAGCACCGUCACCUUGAAUGCCAUGCAUAGUUUACAACAACAGGUGAUAGUUGUAUACCGUGACCGUUCAGUGUAUGCCACGAGUGAGUUCUGGCAGCCACAGAUGCUGCCCUCCCCGUGGCCACAGAGGGAAGACAUCAACGGUCUUUAUAACUUCAUGAAGGAAGUACGGAGACAUCCCGGGAUGGGGUUCGUUCAUCAGGCUGUACUUACACCUACACCUGCAUUUAUACUGUUCAGAUGGCUAUCAAAUCUACGUGAGAAAUGCGCCAAGCCGGUCAAGAAUGAGAUUUAUCCGAAAUUAUCAGAAUUCACUCCUGGAAGACCUGUUGAGGGUGAAGAAAAAGCUCCCGUGAAUGUUAUUAUAGCUGACUUCAUAGAGAUGGACAACGCCACAUUCUCAAAAACCGUCAUUAAACUCAAUUUAAAACUAUUAAAAACCGACAUAUCGCAUAACUACGGGAAAUUUAGCUUUAACUAG